AUGACAUCAUCAAUAAAUCAAGAACAAAAAGAAAUCAUUAAUUCGUUUUUAUCGAUUACCAAUACUACUAAUUAUGAUUUAGCAAAAUCAAGAUUAGAAAGUGUUCAAUGGAACUUAGAUUUUGCAAUUUCUAGUUUCUUCGAUUCGAAACCACCGAUUUCUAGUUCUACUUCUAGUUCUAAUUCUUUAAAUCAAAUCAAUCAUUAUACGAACUUUAAUACAGAUGAUUCAGAACAAAAUGAUACUUUAAGAAAUUCAAAUCGAACGAAUCCUAAUAAAAAGAUUAAUAAAUCUUUUGAUCCUAUUAAGAGUAAAAAAUCAUCUAGAUGGUUUGGGUUUAUUUUCAGGUUAUGGACAGGUCCUUUACGAUUCUUAGCAGUACCGGUUUCAUUAGUAGCAGAUCUGACCUUAACCUUUGUAGGAAUGUUUGCAAGACUAGUUGGACUUAGAUUACCAUCAAGUUUACUUUAUUGGUCACGAUCCAAACCCAAUGAAUCCACCCGAACUGAUCCACGUACAUGUGCCGAAAGAUGGAUCAGAGAACUAGAAGAAGAACUCCAACUUGAAGGGGUUUCAAGUCAUUCUUCUCAAGUUUCAAGCUCUUUAUCUACCACGACAUCUAGAAGAACUCCUAUGAUGAAUCGUGAUCGACGAUUACCUGAUUUCUUGGUCCUUGGGUAUGAUGAAGCUGUAAGGAAAGCUAAAGAAGAGCUCAAGAUUCUUAUGGUCGUUCUUGUUAGUGAAGAACAUGAUGAUGUGGCUGAAUUUAAGCGGACCACUUUGACAAAUGAUGAAUUACUUAAAACGAUUCGACGUCAUAAUAUCUUGGUAUGGGGUGGUGAUGUACGUGAUCGGGAUGCUUGUCAGGCUGCCCAGAAUCUGGAGGUGACCACAUACCCUAGUAUUGCGUUUGUUGCACUUCAAAUAAGACAACCGGUUCUAGGUACCGGAUUUGGUGUGAGUGCCACUCGAAACGGGAGCAGUACUCAACCUAUCAUGAGCAUGAUUGCAAGAUUAUCAGGAUCAUGUGAGAAUGGAACAUCACCUAAUACGAUCAACAAGUUGAUCACCGAAACUAUUGUUCCAAGAACCCAAGGAUUCUUUCAACAUUUAAGAAGCGAAAAAGACAAAAGGGAAUCUGAAAGAAGGUUAAGAGAGGAACAAGAUCGAGCGUAUGAAGAAGCCGGAAGAAGAGAUCAAGAAAGAGUUUUGGCUAAACAGAUUGAAUUAGAACAAACCGAAUUGAAACGUAAAGAAGAGACACAAAAGGUUUUAUUAUUAAAUGAACAGAGAGAAAAGAAAGUAUUGGAAGAAGAGAAGAGAUCGGUAUGGAGAAGAUGGGCAUCGAAAGAAGUUUUACCCCAAGAACCGGAUGUAAGGAUCACUGAAGGUGUAUUAAAGAUUGGAUUUAGAUUAGGUGAUGGAAGACGAAUUGUGAGAAGGUUUUUCAAAGACACUAGUCUUGAAAGUUUAUAUACAUUUGUAGAAAUCGAAUCAUCAUCAACAACAACAACAAGAGGAAAAGAAAGUAAACCAACUGAAGAAAUUAAAGAAGAAGAUUAUCAAUCGAUCUUGAAGGGAUAUAAACAUGAGUAUAGGUUUAAAUUGUCAACUGCUAUGCCUAGAAGAGUUUUAAGUUUAGAGGAUCGAAUGAGUAUUGAAGAAUUUGGUGGAUUGGAUGGUGCUAAUAUUAAUGUGGAAGGUAGUUUUGUUGGAUCUGAUGAAGAAUCUGAGGAAGAAGAAGAAGAAGAAGAAGAAGAAGAUUAG